GCUCUGUCUGGCUGUCUCUUUCGUACGCUGAUUGUGUGGGAGAAGUGUGAGUGUUCUGGAUCCAUCUUUUUUUUUACUUGAACAGAAAGGUGGUGUUGCACACCAGCGUGUCUUUCAUCGAAACUUUUCAGUUGAAUUCGAAGUACGUGAAACCGGCCAUUGCAGAAUAAGUUAUUUACGGCUCAUCAAGUUACAGGUUUAUUGAUCUUCGUGGCGUCCAGAAAAUUUGAGACAUUGACACAAACGCAGCAACACAGCUGUAAACACAUCAUGCAUGUCAAAUCCUGUCGGCCAUCCUUCUUGGACUGCAUCGUGUUGAUGGGGUGGGGCUUUGUUAUUGUAGCCUUGAUAACCAGUAGCUUCCGGAAAAUGAAGUCGGUGACCCCCUCGGAGAUGGAUCAUCACCAGCAGCAUCCCAAGCUGGUGACUUGGCCGAAGGUAGUUCUUUUUGGAGAUUCUUUGACUCAAUAUUCAAUGAAUCCGAAUCACGGAUGGGCAACGAUCUUGGCCCAUUCCUUGCAACGUCGGUGCGACGUGAUUGUGCGCGGGUUCUCCGGCUAUAACACCGUCUAUGCCCGCCAUUUGCUGCCGCGGAUUGCCAACACCUUCGAUGACCCGGUUGCAGCUGUCGUCAUUCUCUUGGGUACCAAUGACGCUGCUGACGCGGUUCAAAACGUCAGGCUGCAUGUUCCCUUGGAAGGGUACAGAAAAAAUCUGGCCUGGAUGGUGAAGUUCAUGCAGGAUAAAGGAGUUUCUCGGGAGAAGAUCAUCUUAAUGAGUCCUCCAGCGGCUGACGUGAAGAAACGGCAAACUGAAGCAUACGCUCGGGUUUGCGAAGAAGUAGCCCAUGGUGCCAACAUCAGUAGCAUCAACCUUUGCAAGCUGAUGCAGGACAAAUUUAAAAAUAAAAAUACGUCGGCCCGUAAAACAAAACACGCCAUCGGAAUCUAUAGCUAA